GACUCUAGAGAGAGGGACCUCGCAGUAGGAGCCUCGCUGCGGCGCAGUGUGACUGUCAGUGGGCCACGGUGGGGCGCCCGGCUCUCUCAGACUUGUGUAUUCCUCCAUCUCAGUGGCCGGCGUGAGGGAGGAAAACACGUCCGCCGACGGGGACAUACACCUUCACCCACAGACACACAGAUUUCACACUGGAGCUAUGGGGUCAGUGAGUGAGCUGUGCGUGUCCAGCCUGCAGAUGUUCUUGUGUCCAGCUGUGGAGACGAGCCAGGAGGAACCUCCGGUGCCAGAAGACCUCACCCCAGAGGAGCAGCAGGAGCUGGAGAAUAUCCGCCGGCGCAAGCAGGAGCUGCAGGAAGACAUUCAGCGGCUGAAGAAUGAGAUAGCAGAAGUGACCAGUGAGAUUGAGAACCUGGAUUCCACUGAGGAGAGGAAAAAUAUGCAAAGGAAUAAACAGGUGGCCAUGGGCCGUAAGAAAUUUAACAUGGACCCCAAAAAGGGGAUCCAGUUCCUGAUAGAAAACGAGUUGCUGAAGAAUACCAGUGACGACAUUGCUCAAUACCUCUACAAAGGCGAGGGCCUCAACAAAACAGCCAUCGGAGAUUACCUCGGAGAGAGAGAUGACUUUAACAUCCAAGUCCUGCAUGCCUUUGUGGAGCUUCAUGAGUUCACAGACCUCAACCUUGUGCAAGCCCUGAGGCAAUUCCUCUGGAGUUUUCGACUGCCGGGAGAAGCCCAGAAGAUCGACCGCAUGAUGGAAGCCUUUGCUCAGCGCUACUGCCAAUGCAACCCUGGGGUUUUCCAGUCCACAGACACCUGUUACAUCCUGUCAUUUGCCAUCAUCAUGCUCAACACCAGCCUCCACAAUCCAAAUGUGAAAGACAAACCAACGGUGGAGCGCUUCAUCUCCAUGAACAGAGGCAUCAACGAUGGGGGAGACUUGCCCGAAGACCUGCUCAGGAAUUUGUAUGACAGCAUCAAGAAUGAACCUUUCAAAAUUCCUGAAGAUGACGGAAACGAUCUCACACACACUUUCUUCAACCCAGACAGAGAGGGAUGGCUGCUUAAACUGGGAGGACGAGUUAAAACGUGGAAGAGGAGAUGGUUCAUCCUUACAGACAACUGUCUUUACUACUUUGAGUACACCACAGACAAAGAGCCCCGAGGAAUCAUCCCGUUGGAGAAUUUAAGCAUCAGGGAAGUGGAGGAUAAGAAGCCAAACUGCUUCGAGCUUUUCAUCCCUGACAAUAAGGACCAGGUCAUCAAAGCCUGCAAAACGGAGGCUGACGGACGCGUCGUCGAGGGCAACCACACCUUCUACCGUAUCUCUGCCCCCACUGCUGAGGAAAAAGACGAAUGGAUGAACAGCAUCAAAGCUGCCAUCAGCAGGGACCCCUUUUACGAGAUGCUGGCGACCAGGAAGAAGAAGGUUUCAUCCAUGAAGAGGAACUAAAGCUGCUUAUCUCUCCUAACGUUGCACUUGACAGAGCAGAGGGCCCGGGACUCUGCUCGGCCCACCUGGGCCGGCCCUCGGGCCGCGGCGGAGCUCCACCUCAGACCUCUCCGGGGGAUUCCUCAACGAUGCAUCCCAGGACUGGCUUUGGGACUCUGCAGGCCAGAUGAACAGGAAGCAUGCUGGGGCUUUAGAUAAGAGUCAGGGUUAAAGCCUUCUCUAACCUCCUCUGAAUGUCUCUCUCUUCCUCUCUCACAGCUUUGUAUGUUCUCUCUGUCUCAGGCGGAAAGGGGAUCUUGCUGUUUAACUCAGCAAAAUCCCCUUUUGAAGAUGCUUUAAAAACAGUCCCUAUAUACUGUAUGUUGUAGACGAACAAUGUGCACACGCUCAUGCAGCCCCAGUUUGCACAUGUUAUUUUAACUCAGCAGGUCUGAAAAAGUGUGGCACACCGACCAAAAAUUCCUCACUGUCUGAAAGAAAAGCAAAGAGCUUUUAUUGAUGUGCUUUGUUUUUUGUUUUUUAUUGUUAACAGCUUUUAUUGUGGAUUAAAAUGGUCUUUCAGCGGGAGACCAUUGUGGGAGGUAUGGUUGGAAUAAUCAGCCAACGGUUUUUAUAGAGGACAUUUCUGUCACAAAGAGUUGCCGCUCAGGAGAUUGCUAAAACGGAUGCUCAGAAACGUCUUUUUGCUACAUAGCAGUCAUGCAAAGAGCAAAGUGCUCAACUGGACCGGACAGUUUUUUUUGUAAAUGUGAAUCUGCAGUGAUGGUGUGAGCUUGUCUGGAGACGGACUCCGCGGUGGUCCAACGCGCAUCAUUCAUUGAAAAACAUUGUCCCAGGGAUGCAGAAAAAGAAUGGCGGUCUCUAUCGGCGUAUCAUCUACGAUGUCUCCAAAACUUUUCCCUGCCCCCCCCUACUUUCCUCUCCUCUGCCUCAAAUGCAACAUCCUUCACGAUUACUGUAUCAUAGAAAAGUAAUUUAAAUGUCAAGACAACUUACUUUACUGCUGCACAGUGCCUGGUGCCGUACUGUAGAUAAAGUGUGAUGAGCAUUGCUGCUGGUUAGCAAGUGUGAUUGCAUAGAUUGUGUUUAUGGUUUUUAUUUUUGAUUUUUCUGCUUCUUAAACUCAUGUUCUUUGUAGUGACUUUUUUGAAAGGGUAAAAUCAAACACAUGUCAACCUCACUGUUCAUUGUACAAUACUUUGCGCUUCAAGUUGUUUAUGUUUAACAUAAAUAAUGUUCAUAUGUUGUUGGGGGGGGUGUAAAAAGACCGUCGCCUGCAAAAAAACAAACAAACAAUGGGUUGUCCCUCAUCUCAGGAUGUUUAAACAAUGAACAACUCCUUUUUGUACCAGGAAUGUACUGUGGUGAAGAAAGAGAGGACUGGACAGCUGACUGGUCACGUUGCAACCGUGACACUUCAGCAAAAGCAAAACUUGUGCCGUUGGUACAUUUUUACAGAUACAGUCUUAAGUUGUUUUCCCUUCCUUUUUCUAUUAUUCUUGUCAUAUCGGUCUCCGCUGGCCACGAUCUUCGCUCCCUGUCAGCUCUGCUUCCGGCUUCUCUUCCUCUCUGCGCCCUGCUCACAGAGAAUUAAGUAAGAAUGAUUAGCAGUCACACAUUUUGACAGUAUUUGUUUAUUUAUGGAAGUUGUACAUAUUUAAAUGUAUAGUGGGUAUUUUGUCCUCUUUUAUUUUUUAUUAGUUUUUCCACUUUAAUUUGUUAUUCAGUUACAAUCUUUAAUUUCAGAUUUCUAUCAAUGCCAUUUAAUCACUUUGAAAUAAAACCUCAUUUGUCUCAAA